AUGCAUAAUGGUUCUAAUGGUUUGCAGAAUGCCAUCACACAAGUCUCCGCGGCGCUGCGGGCGUGGGAUCAAGAUGUCACUCACAAAACUAGAACACUAAUACACUUAUUUAAGGACCUAAAGAUUCGUAAUAUUGUUUCACUUAGAGAUUCACUUAGCUCACUUAGUGGUUGCAAGGCUGGUGAGGUUGCCGACUCGAUGCAGAUAUGCGUCGACAAGGCGGGUGAUCUCCAAAGGGCUUUUAGGUUAGCCGCACGGACACAUAAAAGCCUCGAUCCUGAACUGCGAAAUAAACUUAAGGACGAUGUACAUCGAGUGGAAACCGAGGUGGAGAAGUUUUGUGUUGCCGCCAGCAACAGUGAACUAAGGGCUGUAGUCCUGACAGUUAAGCAGGAAUUAGAUGGUGUGGAAAGUUUUGUCAAGCAGAUUAUUGAAGGUGCCGUGAGACAGCUCGAGAAGGAUGUGCUGGCGGAGAUAUCGUCCGUGCAGGGUAAUAUUGAACAGAUAAGUAGGAGCGCAGAUAACUUGUCAUCCGCUGUAGAUGAUUGGCUUCAAGAUGCAACUUCUGCUGUGAAACUGGUUCGCAGUAAAGCGGAAGAGUACGCCCAGAAUUUUGAUAAGGACUAUAAACAGGAAGUAGAUAAAAUUAUUACGACUAUCGCAGAUGACGUCAGGGAGGUAGACAAGGCUGCUGCAGAAGAAUUGCAAGCGCUUGAAACAUUGGUACAAGAGAGGGAAACGGUUAUUCAACGACUCAUCGAUGAGCUUGCUAACAACCGUGAAAAAUUAUCGGCGGCAGCCGUUAAUCAAUACGGAGUCCAAAUGAGGAAUGCCGCAAAAGGUUUGAAAAAAACGCCACCAGAUUUGGAGCAAAAAAUUAAGCACGCCCAAAAGGCUCUUAAUCUUGCCUUACAAAACGCCGAGCAUGCCGUGAAGAAGCCGAUUGCUGAGGCCAAUAAAAUUGUUCGUGAAGCGGUGGAAAAAGUUACUAGAAAGGCUGAAGAAAUUACAAAGAGUGUAACUGCUAAAACUAAGAACCUUACUGCGCUUGCUGAGAAAAUCCGCAAUCAGAAUAAUGCUCUUUCGUUGACCAUCGACGCUGACAAAUACGGCGUUAAUAGCGAGUUAGAUGCGCUGGAAGAUAUAAUUAAGGAGAUUGAUUCGGAUAUUAAAAAUCAUGUUGAAGGUAUAAACGCAGACGUUGCCACGUUAAGGUCAUCGACAACAAGAGCUAUAAGUACCGCAAAGCAAAAAGCCAGUGACACCAUUACUGAGGUUCAGAGUUGUGUCGAUGGAAAAAUAAAAGCAGCUACUGAAAGUAUACAAGACACUGCUAAACGUGUUCAUUAUACGACUAUUAAUGAAAUGUUUAAAAAACUUGAAACGAAGGUGGAAACUCACGCAAGGAACAUUGAAGAGAUCAUCAACAAAGAUUUAUCAACGGGUGUCAAAGGCUUAAUGAGGCAGUUAAAAGGCAAAGUGGAUGGCCAGGCAGAUCAACAACCUCCGCCUCAACCAAAUUCCAAUCUGCUCGAUGGGCUAAGCACUGCUGUGGGUGAUGAAAAUCCACAACAUUGGGAAAAGGUUAAAAAAUUAUCAGAAGCAUUCAAAAACUACGCUGAUCCCGUUUUGAAUUAUAUCGAAGACCAAUUUAAAUCGCCUUCAUUUUUCCUGCCUAAUGUUUCCGGUAAAAAGUCUACUGAUGAGUCUGACCGAAUUUCCACCAUCCACACCGCUCUCUCCACCCUCCUCUCCCACCUGCGCGACCAAAAACACUUCGACCACCGCGUCCCCGGAAUGCUGCAAAAUCUCACGACGUCCGUCCAAGCACUCCACUCCACAGGCUUCGCCAACCCCGCGUACCCCGUGCUCGACGCUUUCCCCAAGAGCCUGGUAAAGUUCGUCGAGCAGCUGGAGAAGGGGUACGUGAAUAGGUAUGAGGGGCAUGAAGAAAUCUUAUUGUAUAACUACGUGAGUAAAAAAGUUACGCCAGAAGGCGAAAAGUGCGCGAAGGUAUUUUUGACCUUACUGGAGAUAUUGAAUAGUCAUCUGAGAAAUCUGUAUGAUAAGUGUAUUGAUGGAAAGGAUUGUAAAGAUAAAUGCAUUCGUAUGUAUGACAAUGAGAAAAAUAAGAGGACCGCAAAUCCCCUUGGAGAUUGGUUCCAACGCCGAGGCUUCAAGGUGUCCGAUGAUAACAAGACACAAAACGGGGAGUUAAGGAAUGACGAAAAUGUCAAGGGAGAGCAUAUUAAGGGUCUCCUUGUCAACGGUAAUGGCAAAUAUGUUUUUAAGCAGGAUAACAAGAAGGAAGAUGCCGGUCCCCUUAGGACAUUAUUCAGACAUCUCCUCGACUAUUACAAAGUUCCUCACAUGCAACACAUUGCGUCACCUAUAUCCCCGUCCAACAUCUACCAAAUGCUUCAGUGGCUCCUCGGGUUAUACUUUAAUCCGGUGUAUGACAAGCUGAAAGAGCACAUUAAGGAAUUGUUCCCUAAACCUAAAACACUUAAAGAUAAACCAUAUUCUGAUAUUCCCACUAGCCAAUUAACUCUUCCCGCCACCACUGAAAUAAGACAUGACGGCUUGAUCGCCAUACUUCGCGAGGUAUGUCUGUACUCCGAAGACAUUCUGGUCGCAAUUCUCGGCCACGGCCACGCUGACGGUAUAUACGCCGUAGACUUUUUACACUAA